UUUUAGGACAUCGGACACAGCCACAAAAGAAUUUUAUUGCAAAAACCGAGCUCCGAGAGUUCCAACUUGCAAUUUGUUUGGAAUUUCACACCCUUCCUGUUAGUUAUUCCCUGUCAACGUUUUCUUUAAAUGGCUUACCCAGGUUAUGGAGGUGGUCCAGGAUAUCCAGUUGGCCCUGAUCCAUUAUGGGGGUACUUUUCUGCCAUUGCAGGCCAGGACCAACAAAUUGAUGCACACGAGCUACAAAGAUGUUUAACAUCAUCUGGAAUCUCAGGAGGCUAUCAACAAUUUAGCUUGGAUACUUGUAGAAUCAUGAUUGCAAUGUUAAACAGAGAUAGAGAUGCUCGAAUGGGAUUCAAUGAAUUCAAAGAAUUAUGGAAUGUUCUUAACCAUUGGAAGACAACAUUCAUGCAAUAUGAUAGAGACCGAUCAGGAACUGUGGAACCACAUGAACUACAAGCUGCAUUGACUAGCUGGGGUUACAAUCUUUCCCCAACUGCAAUUCAAAUCAUUGUCAAUCGAUAUUCUACAAAUCAUCGUAUAAGUUUUGAUGAUUUUGUUGCAUGUGCUGUGCGACUUCGAAGUCUGACUGAUCACUUUCGUCGACGUGAUACAACGCAAACUGGUGUGGCCACAUUUCAGUAUGAUGAUUUCAUUCAAGUUUCUAUGUUCACAUAAAAUCAAUGUGUUUGGAAGUAUGCAGCAGCAUCUUAACCAAAGAAUAAUUAUUAAUAAUGUUAAUAAUGUUUUAUGUUAUUGUUAGAACUAGUUAAACAAUAGUGAAUUUGUCCUUCGUGUGCUUUCAAAUGAAAUGAUUAAAAUUAUUGUGAUGAAGUA